AUGGCCGCGAUAACAUCAUCGUUGACAUCGGCCUUCUCCUCAUGCUGGUCCGCUGGAGUGCUAUAUGAUGGUGAUGAUGCUGGUGAGGGCACCGGUUUCCGUAUAAUAGGGGGAUGUGAGUGGUACGGCUGUUGCCGCCUACAGGGCUCCACGGUCCCCGCGCGACAACUGCUCCUUGCCUGCUCCAGCACCUCCAGCAAAGCGUGGUGCAGUGCGCUCAACUCGCCGACGCCAGAUGAAUUCCCCUUUCGAGUUCCUGUUGAACUGUGCGACGUGGUGGUGGGAUCGAGCUCCACGGAAGUGUAA